ACGCUCUUUAAUCGAAAUCCAUUUCGGCGUGUUAAAUAUCCCGAUGCUACGUUAAAUGAUAAAAAUGAAAAUCGUACUUUGACAGGUCUUCGGCUGUUGUAGAUUACAAUAACACAAGCGUUUUCGAAGUGUUUGAAGAGUAUUUUGCACAAUCUUGAACAAAAUGAAUCAUUUAUCGUUGAUAUAAAUUGUAUUCAAGAUGGACUUUCCACAAGUAUACGACAUGUAAGCUAGAAAAUAUAAUUUAAUAGAUAAUUUCGAGAUGCUUGUGAAAUCAGUUAAACUUCAGUUGAUUUUCAAAACCGGUACAAUAGUCGUUUUUUGAUUUAUGUGCACGAGUAACAUAUCGACCAUUUCAUUCAAAUCGGUGCAGAAAACUGUAACUGAGUGUCCAGGGAAGUAAGGCCGGAAGGUGUCAAUACAGGAACAUACUAGCAUGAUAAAACAUGCGUUUCACAUGCCUGAACGAUUUCAGCUUUAAUUAUGUACACGAAGAUCUAUAUACCUUACUACAACCUUUGUGACGAUGAGUAGUCUUUUUAAACAUUCAACUUAACUGACGAACUUUAAAAUUAACUGACCAGUGUGUAUGACACAAAAAAAAAUGUGUUACUGUUGGGAUACUCGACGCACCCAUGAAAGGUCUGUCUAGUUCGGUUUCAAUAUGAUGUUUUCACGUGCAGGAUCUAGCGCCAAGGCGCCUCACAGCGGCGACAGGAGACGUUUCGGCGACGUUUCCGCGGAAAGUAGUCGAACCAACCGCAAACGAACACCUCGGCUUAGACAUCCAAUGGAGAUACAAGCAGAUGAGGAAAAAGUCAAGGAGAAGGAAGUCCUCAAGAAGAACCAAGGGUUCUGGAAAGACGAGCGGCGAGCCCGCAGCGGACGACGACGGGAACACCCCGAGGCGCUCACAAUCCCUUCACUCAAGGAGGACCCCUUCGACCACAAAGAGCCUACCAAACCUACCACCGCACCCGUUUUCUCUGCGGCCCCUGGCGGGAAGUCUGCAGUUAGCAUGAGACUUGAACGCGAGAAGUCCACCUUCAUAGAACCGCCAACGGACCCCAAGACCAGCGACGCCGUGUUUGAGAAGGCAUCGCACCUUUGGAACUACAAAACGCAAACUUUCUGGGGCGGGGGAGUUUGAUUUGCAAGACUUCCGCAAGACUUGAUUUGAUAUUGCUUUUCACGGGCAGUUUGCUCUAUGUUAUUUGCAAGCAUUUUGUGUAUAGGUUUUUAUUCAGACCUAUUUGAAAAAUGACUUCAACACGUAGAUUAUCGAGGGAUCUUCCUACCUGAAAAGUUUUUACAUUAUUCUUAUGCAAUCGACGAAAGAACAUUUUUCGUGAGCAUGUGCGUAGUUAACACCUGUACAAUAAUUUAGCAUAAUUGUUACUUUUAAAUGUAUGUACGAAAAGUUAAUCAUUUUGAUGAGACAGAAAUCGAUGUGAUCUUAAACAAUUGAUAAGAUAUAUUAAAACAACCUUUUGAAGUGGUUAGACGGCGUUUCAAUUUAUAACUGAUGGAUGCUCAGUACAAUAAAACAUUAGUUAUUUAUUUCAUUUCUAUUGUGUACGUUUGCAUUUUUUUAAAUAACUUCAUAGUAUCUAUCAUCUCUUAAAAUGCAACUUAUCUGGACACUAUGAUAGAAGAGCCUCGUUCUAGUAAAUCUGGGCUUAAUGUUUGUGCGUAAAGCUUCGUUCCAGAUACACCUGUGCAGACUGUGAAUACUUUACUCACGUGCGUUAUGCCCAAUUUUCCCAGAACGAGGCGCAUAUGUUUGUAUGUUGAGCCAUGACGUUAAAUGCUUAAACAAAUUAAAAUGUAUACGUUGUGCACGAUUGUUAGGCAAUUUAUCAUUCAAACAUUUCUGAUCAUUAACAGUAUAGAUCUUAAUAUAUCUUCCCCACUUAAGCAAAUAAAUGUUUGAAAUUCAACCCAUUAGCCGAACAGCGUCAGCUAUUCACACUACCGCACCUGUGAAAUAUUGAAAUAUAUCUGUCACACAGAAACAUCGAAGAAUGAUUAAAUGCAUUCAAGUAGCACUUGAGACGACUUGCGUUAUCAUGCAAAUAAUUGUGUAUUUAAACAAUGUCGAAUGGAGACUUUAAUAUCAAGUACUGUCGAUGUCCUAGUUUCAAUUCAAUGUAAGAUUAUUUCAUAAUAAGAUUAUUUCAUAAAGUUUUUCUGUUAUUGUGGUCAGUGAAGGGUUUCGACUAUUAGGUGCAUCUUAAGAACCUAAAGUAGCAUUUAAAUCUAAUAAUAAGUACAUAACAACACAUGCUGAGGAGGCUUAAGUAAUUUUAGCAUGAAAUUCAACAUAACUGAACAUAACUGAACAUGGCAUGUAAACAGCGUUAUAAUUGUCUGAAGCCUCGUUCUUACCUGAGUCGCGCAGUGCACAUGCGCAGGUUGGUUUGGGGCUACAAAGCCCGCUUUUGGCAUAAAACCCAAUUUUGCACAACGCGGCACAUCAAUCAUUCAGUCUGAAUGCUCAACACUGUGUGCUUGAUUGAUUUGAUUUAUUUAUACAAGUUUGUACACAUGUGAAUCGUGUCAUAUCAACAAUGCAAAUGGUGUUAAAUAGCAUUUAAGUGUACAGUUUGUAUACUUCUUGUGUGAUUAAUUAAACAAAACAACAACUA